UUUUCCACUGGCACUCCCGGGCGCUGAGGGAGGGAGCAGGGGCGGCGGCCUGACGUGGUAUAAGACUGCUGCCCUGCGCAGGUCUGCAGACCCGACUCCGAGUCUGCGGCCCACGGCAGAUCAGACCCUCCGGAGCCCCAGCAGAAGAGACCCUUCCUCUGCCUGGCAGCCCCUAAGAGACUCAGAGGAGCCACCAUGGCAGGAUUCCUUCUUUCACCCCUGCUGAUGCUACUGCUGUCCUCAGCCCUGGGAUCUCCUGCACUGAACGGUGAGGGAGGCAACAGCAACGAGAGGAUUAUUGGUGGACGCUCGUGUCCUGGGGGCUCCCGGCCCUGGCAGGUGGCCCUGCUGGACGGUAAUCAGAUCCUCUGUGGAGGUGUGCUGGUCGACGAGUGGUGGGUGCUCACCGCUGCCCACUGCAGGAAGAAUGAGUACAACGUACAUAUGGGCAGUGAAUACCUGGGAAGAGGCCAGAAGAUCAGGGCCACGAUGUCUCUCCGCCACCCCGGCUACUCCACAUGGAGCCACGCUAACGACCUCAUGCUGGUGAAGCUAAGCAGGCCGGCCAGGCUGUCACAAGGAGUGAAGAAAGUCAACCUGCCCUCCCGCUGUGAGCCCCCUGGGACCACAUGUACCGUUUCUGGCUGGGGCACCACCACCAGCCCUGUUGUGACCUUUCCAAAGAAGCUCAUGUGCACACGUGUCGACAUCCUCUCCUCUGGAGCCUGCAGGAAGAUGUACAACCUCUUGCUGGGAGACUCCAUGCUGUGUGCUGGCGUCCCCAACUCCAGCACCAGUGCCUGCAACGGUGACUCAGGGGGACCACUGAUGUGCAAAGGUACUCUGCAAGGCCUGGUGUCCUGGGGAGCUUACCCUUGCGGGCAAACCAGCUCCCCAGGUGUCUAUACCCAAGUCUGCAAGUACGUCGAUUGGAUAAACAACACCAUGAGAAAGUAUAACUGAUCUCUCCAUACUCCCAUCUCUCCAUCCCUACACCCUGAGCAGGAAAUUCACAGAAAUAAGGACAUCGAUGAUCUACAGUCAUACUUGACUUUACUUUUCCUCAAAGACAUAUCAAAACAUCAACAAUAUGCCAUGUGUGUAAGUCAAUCAAAUCAGCAAGGACUUAAAACCAAAAACAAGAAACACAAAAACCUCAGUGCUGGUAAAGAGGUAGUGAGACCAGCACUCGCGGCCACUGAAACUGUAAAUUCAUACGAUUUUUAUGGAAGUUGAUUUGGCAAUGUGAAUAGGACCAUUGUUCUCCACGUUUGACCCAGUAAUUCUAGUUCUAGGAAGAGACUACUGAAAAAAAAAAAAAAAAAAAAAAUCCAAAAUGUGGAGCAAGGUUUGAAUUUAUCA